AUGGGUGAUCACUAUGGAUUCUCACUCACCACAUUCAGUCCGUCAGGAAAGCUCAUGCAAAUUGAGUAUGCGCUUAAUGCCGUGAAGAAUGGACAACCUUCGGUUGGAUUGAGAGCUAAGGAUGGCGUCGUGCUCGCUACAGAAAACGUAGCAUCAGUCUUGUAUGACGAACAACCAAAAAUCGAGCAAAUCAGCAAGUACAUUGGCUGCGUUUACAGUGGUAUGGGACCAGACUUCCGCAUUCUCGUCAAGAAAGCGCGUAAGCUUGCUAUCGAAUAUGAAAUGAUGUAUGGAGAAGAGAUGCCAACGACUCAAUUGGUUACGAACCUUGCUGAAAUCAUGCAAGAAUACACACAAUCGGGAGGAGUCCGUCCAUUCGGAGUAUCGUUGUUGAUCGCGGGAUGGGACAAGAACCCAGGAAGACCUCUUCUCUUUCAAUCGGAUCCAUCUGGUGCAUAUUUUGCCUGGAAAGCAACUGCUCUUGGAAAGAACGAUGUUAAUGCGAAGACGUUCCUUGAGAAAAGAUUCAGCGACUCUCUUGAGUUGGAUGAUGGAAUCCACACGUCUCUUCUUACACUCAGAGAAUCGUUCGACGUCGGCAUGAAUGAGGACAACGUCGAAGUGGCCAUCUGCAAUGCUUCCGGAUUUCACAGACUUACAAAGCAACAAGUCAAGGAUCACCUCGGAACUCUCUAA